AUGGGCACUAAUGGUGAUGUAAAAUUUUCAGUGGACGAACAAAGUGAAGCAAUUCGUAAGCGAUUCUGGUCAAAAAAUUAUAAACAAUGUCCAAUAUGUAAAAGCGAAAAUAUUGCUGUUCAUUGGUGGUGUUGUGGAUGCAGAUUUAAUGGAGAUGGUUGGGGUACAGUUGUUUAUCAAUGUUUUGGAAAAGAGAAUGUGAAUGAUGUCAAAAAAUUAGAAUGGAAUAAGAUAACGAGAAAAUUACCUGGCCAACAUGGUUAUGGUUUUUAUACAUCAUUUUAUUAUGAUGAAGAAGGAUCGGAACCAGAACAAUAUGAAACAAAUGGUUGGACCAAAUGA